AUGCUUUGUUCUAUGUUACCUCCCAUGAAAUCCAACUCUUCGUCUGCUUUGGCCUUUGGAAAAAUUUUGCAGCCAAGCAUGUGGGCCACCCCUCAAACAUCCAUCUCCCAAUACUUACAUCAUGUUGCAGUUUCUGCUACCUCAGGGUAUCACCUACCACCUGUGGCUAUACCUCAGAUUUCUGUAUGGCUAGGAGGAGCUGAUUCCAUGGGAGAAAGCUUUUUACCUACCAAAAUGAAGUUUGUUAUAGGAAAACAGGAACAAGAGAGUUAUGAUAAUGCACCAAAGAAAAAUGAGAGCAUAUUUGUGAAAACAGAGCAGCCUGAUGAUCUACCAAAAGAUGGUGGUUUUUCACAGUUCAGUGACAACAAUGAUGAUGAUUUGCAUAGCUCAGAAUCUAAUGUUGUGAAUGAGAAAACAGAAACUACAUUUUCAGAAGAUUCACAAAAAAUUGAAUCUAGGUUGGAAAGUAAAUCUGAUAUAAAGUCCAGUGUGAUCACCUGUUGUGGAAGUCAGUUUCCUGGUGAUAUUUUAAGACAAGAAGAUCUCUUUAAAGAAGUCAUCAGAUUCUCCAAACCAAAUUAUAUAUGUGGGAAAACAAAUUUAAAUGGGAAUGACCUAAAUAUACAUCAGAGUGGUGAUGUAUCAUACAGUUGUGGAUCAGUGGAUAAUCUAAAAGAAUAUGAGAGGAUAGAAACUGCAGGAAAACCUUAUAGUUAUGAAGUUUGUGCUAAACAUUUUAGAAUAAAUAGUGAGUUUAAAAAGCAUGAAAGGAUACACACUGGAGAGAAAUGUUACCAAUGUGAAGUUUGUGGAAAACACUUUGGAUUAAACAGCGACUUAAAAAAAGAUCAAGAAAUACAUACUGAAGAGAACCCUUACAGUUGUGCAGUAUGUGGAAAACAAUUUAGAACACAUAGUGCAUUAAAAAAUCAUGAAAUAAUACAUACUGUGGAGAAACCUUAUAUUUGUGGAGCUCAUGGGAAAAAAUUUGCAGUCAAUGGUGAAUUCAAGCUGUAUCAGAGUAUACAUACUGGGAAAAAACAUAACUGUUGUGAUGUUUGUGGAAAACAGUUUGGAAGUAACUGUAACUUAAAAGUACAUCAAACAAUACAUACAGGGGAGAAACCGUAUAUUUGUAUAGUGUGUGGAAAAACAUUUCGAAUAAAGGGUAACCUAAAAAAACAUGAGAUAAUACACACUGGAGAAAAACCAUAUAGUUGUGUAGUGUGUGGAAAAGAGUUUCGAUCAGUGAAUCAUCUAAAAAGUCAUAAGAGGAUACACAUUGCAGAGAAACCUUAUUGUUGUACAGUUUGUGAUAAAAAAUUCAGAAGAAAUAAUGAACUAAAAUAUCAUGAAAGAAUACAUACUGGGGAGAAACCUUAUAGUUGUACAGUUUGUGAAAAACAAUUUGCAACAAAUAAUGAAUUAAAAUUUCACCAGAGUAUACAUACUGGGGAGAAACAUAACCAUUGUGACGUUUGUGGAAAACAAUUUAGAAGUAACUGUAAUUUAAAAGUACAUCAAAGAAUACAUACAGGGGAGAAACCAUAUAGUUGUACAGUGUGCAGAAAAGUAUUUAGAACUAAGAGUACCCUAAAAAAACAUGAGACAAUACAUGCUGGAAAAAAACCAUACAGUUGUAUAGUGUGUGGAAAAGAAUUUCGAUCAGUAGAUAACCUAAAACUACAUGAGAGAAUACAUACUGGAGAUAAACCUUACAGUUGUUCAAUUUGUGGUAAAGAAUUUAGAAGAAAGAGUGAGUUGAAAAGACAUCAAAGAAUACACUCUGGGGAGAAACCAUAUAGUUGUGUAGUGUGUGGAAAAGAAUUUAGAUCAAAGGGUUAUGUAAAACAACAUGAGAAAAUACACACUGGAGAAAAACCAUAUAGUUGUGUAGCAUGUGAAAAAGUUUUUCUGACAGUAGAUUACCUAAAAAUACAUCAAAGAAUACAUACUGGAGAGAAACCUUACAGUUGUGCAGUUUGUGGUAAACAAUUUAGAACAAGUAGUAAUUUAAACAAGCAUGAAAAAAUACAUACUGGGGAGAAACAUUAUAGUUGUACAGUUUGUGGAAAACACUAUACAACAAAUGAUGAAUUAAUAAUUCAUCAGAGUAUACAUACUGGGGACAGAUAUAACCAUUGUGACAUUUGUGGAAAACAAUUUAGAAGUAACUGUAACUUAAAAAUACAUCAAAAAAUACAUACAGGGGAGAAACCGUAUAUUUGUGUAAUGUGUGGAAAAGCAUUUCGAAUAAAGGGUAAGCUAAAAAAACAUGAGAUAAUACACACUGGAGAAACACCAUCAGUUGUGUAUGAUAGUUUUAAGACUAAAUCAGGGCUUUUGCAACAUAAGCGUCAUAGGCAUCCUUGUUCAAGGAAUGCUGAAUGCAUCCAUUCUCUGGGAGUCAGGACGCCGUUGCCACGCCCUCGCCAGGUAGUGUGGUCCGAGGAAAUAGUGUAUUUGGGCCAAAAGAGCAUUAAUAUUCUCUGUGCGGGACAUCUACCUGGUAAGACUUCCAAACAGGUCUCAGACAAGCACUGGGAUUUGCACAGGAUAUGGUCUUCUAAUAUACAUGGUACACCCACCACUCAGAAUCGUGGAGAUCCUGUUGAGCAGGUCGGGGAGUACGAGGAGUUGGACUGGGAAGGAAUGCAUCCUUUUCCCGACCCUGACUCUAAGUUCUGCUCGUACCUUGAUCAGCUGAGAGAUCAGAAGGGACUCACUGAACUGGUGAAGUGUCUGGCAAUGAGAGGUAACGUAUACCCUACCAAAGAGGCCCUCAGCAGAGGGAAUUCUGCCAAGUGUCAGGGUUGCACAUCAAUGAGGGAGACCCUAUGUCAUGUAAGUGGUCAAUGCCCGAAAUUGAAGUCCAUGAGAAUACGGCGUCACAACAAGAUCUGUGAGCACUUGAUCGCCGAGGCCAGCUUUAAAAGCUGGAAGGUUCUGGAAGAACCUACCUUGGUUACGGACAAUGGUGAACGUGGGCGAUCUGAUUUGAUCUUCCAUCGUGAUAAUAAAGCGGUGGUUGUUGACAUGACAGUUUGCUACGAACUUACGAACGACACAUUGAGAGAAACUUAUGCUUCUAAGGUUAAAAGGUACGAGUGUUUGGCUCCACAAAUAGAAUAUCUUACAGGGGUUACCUCCAUUGUCUUUCAAGGAUUUCCUAUGGGUGCCCAUGGUGCCUGGUUUCCUGAAAACACGGACGUGCUGGCCGACCUGGACAUCCAGUCCAAGUACUUUGAAGAGUUCUUGUUCUAUGUAAUCAUGGAAGUUUUAAAGAUGAAGGUUGAACCCUUUCCUGAUGAGAAGCAGGAUGAUUUGUUGGAUAUCAAAUUGAAAAAGGAAGAUGAAACUUUCAUAAUAACUAGUAUUCCAGGAAAAGCUGAGUCCUUGGAAGAAAGUUCUCUACAUACAAUUUUGAAGUUUGAUGUAACAAAAGAGGAGCAAGAAGAAAAGUGUGAUGGAGAAUCAGAGAAAAAUGAGAACAUAUCUGUUCAAGUGAAAAUGGAACAUCCUGGUGAUCUGCUACAAGAUGAAGUUAUUUCAAAGUUCAGUUACAGUGAUGAUGAGGAUCAGGGUAGUUCACACUAUAAUGUUAUGAAUGUGAAAACAGAAACUGAAUAUCAAAGAGAUUUUGAAUAUGAGCUAGAAAGAACAUCUGAUAUAAAGACCAGUGUGAACAUCUGUAGUGGAAGUCAGGUUCCCGGUUAUGUUAUAGAACAAGAUUACAUUACAGAAGACAUAAUAUCACCAAACAACAAUAUUAGUGGAGAAACAAGGUUAAGUGAAAAUAACCUAAAAACAUUUAAUAUACAUCAGAGUGAUGAUAAACUAUACAGUUGUGGAAAACCAUUUGAUAACCUAACACAACAAAAGAGGAUGCACUCUGGAGAGAAACCAUAUCAUUGUACAGUUUGUGGAAGACAUUUUAAUAGAAAUAGUCACUUAAAACGACAUCAAGGAAUACACACUGGGGAGAAACCUUACAGUUGUACAGUGUGUGGAAAACAUUUUGGUGCAAAUAGUUACUUAAAAAAACAUCAAAAAAUACAUAC